CCCCAAACCAGCACCCCCUGAGGGUGUGAAGUCCAAUCCCUCCAAGCGGCAUCGAGACCGGCUCAACCAGGAGCUGAACAAGCUGACCGGUUUGCUGCCCUUCCCUGAAGAUGUGCGCGCCAGGCUUGAUAAACUGUCCAUCUUACGACUCGCUGUUGGGUACCUGAAGGCGAAGAGCUACUUGAUGGCCACAUCUACGAACGUUGAUGACUGCAUGCUGGAUCAGCCCAGUGCCCCAGGAGGGAACAGACGGACGGACCCGCAGGUCGACAGGGAAUUGUUUCCUGAGGGGGAACUGCUGCUCCAGGCACUCAAUGGAUUUGUCAUCGCCGUGACCGGAGAUGGCUACAUCUUCUACAUCUCCCCUACAGUCCAGGACUACCUGGGCUUUCAUCAGUCGGAUCUCAUCUACCAGAGCGUGUACGAGCUGAUCCAUGCGGACGACAGAGCCACCUUCCGCCGCCAGCUGCAUGGGACCCCGAUGUCCAGCAGAACCCAGCACGCUGCUGAUGCCUUUCCCACCGACCAGCCACUGCUGGCUGGAUGCAGCACCGCGUCCAGCCCACAGCACCUCCGCCCCGAGAAGCCCUCCUCUAUGGAGAGGAGCUUCACCUGCCGCUUCCGCUGCUUGCUGGAUAACUCUUCGGGAUUUCUGGCCUUGAAUUUCCGUGGGCGCUUGAAAUUCCUUCUCAGACAGCAGAAGUCAGCAUCAGACACGUCCCCACUUGCUCUCUUUGCCAUCGCGACUCUCCUCCAACCCCUCUCCAUCCUGGAGCUUCGAACCAAGAUGCUGGUCUUUCAGACAAAACACAAGCUGGACUUCACUCCCAUGGCCUGUGAUUCCCGGGGGAAGGUUGUCCUGGGGUACACGGAAACGGAGCUGUGCAGGAGGGGAUCCGGGUACCAGUUUGUGCAUGCAGCUGACAUGAUGCAGUGUGCAGAGAACCACGUGAGAAUGAUGAAGACAGGGGAGAGUGGGAUGACGGUUUUCCGGCUGCUGACCAAGAAGGGCAGCUGGGUGUGGGUGCAGGCCAAUGCCUGGCUGGUGUACAAAGGGGGCAAACCCGACUGCAUCAUUGCCCGGCAGCGAACCCUGUCGAACGAAGAAGGGGAGGAGCAUCUGCGGAAGAGAAACCUGCAGCUGCCUUUUAGCUUUGCCACGGGAGAAGCAGUCUUGUAUGGGAAUGAGUUCCUGGACUCCUUCCAGGCUAAGGAGGAGUUGCAGACACAAGCAAACUCCCACUCAAAGCAACACUCGGUAGACCCCAACUCUCUUCUUGGGGCCAUGAUGAAGCAGGAUGCAUCCAUAUACAUCUCCCAUGCUGAUAAUGUGCCUCAGUUGUCCUUGCCAGAUCUCAUCGCUAAGCCCAAUGAACUGAGGCAGAAUGAGGAAGUCGCUGAUGCCAAGGAGGACAGUGACUCCCUCCUGGUCGUUAUCGAAACUCUCUUUGAGAAGAGCAAGGUGGAUGGAAACAUCUGCCAGACCCUUCAGAGCCUCAAGGUGGACAAUGCAGAGCUGCAGGGGUGGGAGGAGGCUCUGCUCAGCUUGGGUGCAGAGGAGGAGCUGCCGGCUCAGGAGGUUGACGAGAGGCUAGGCACCGAGGUGACAUCCUUUGUGGAGCAGAUGCUCCGCAGAGAGGAUGCUGGGAAGAGCACGGACUUCCCACACUGCGGCACAUCACCCUGCAAUGAGGAAAACUGUGCUGCGGCUCAUUUCCAGCACUGCUGGGCAACUAAUUCAGCGUUUCAAUCCCCGCCACAGCCCCGGGCACCUGGUGCACAAGGCCAAGAUGCUGUGGUCUCUCUAGUCUCCGUUACAUCUGAGGUUAGCGCUGCUAAACCAGAACAGCGGGUCCCGUUUAACCAAGCCGGGCUGGUGGGGAGGACUGUUCUGGAUGUCCCGGUCUCCAGCAGCACGUCCUCUGUAGCACUUCAGUUGGCAAACCCGCGACAAAUGAUUCAAGCAGAAGUUACCACCUCUGCUCCUGUAGAUAACGCUAUUCCUAAUGAUCAGAGCCAGCCUGGGUGCAAACUGGUAGGCUCAAGCUGCCCACCUCCGUUGCACUCAAGCACACUAGUGACUCGAUGGCACCAUGCCCCAGUCCAGGCAAACCCAGCAAAUGCGUUUGAUCAGAGUGCUUCUCCUGGAGUUUGCCCAUCGGAGGCUUGGAUGACCAUAGCUGCGAAACAGUUGGAAGCAGCAAGAACACACCUGGAGUCACAAACUUUGCUGGCUGGCAGCCCCGAGAGCUCCCCGGCAGCUGGGCCGUGGUUGCUGCCAUCCCAACCUGCUCCUUCCCCUGCACAGCGCUUGUGUGGGUCCUUGUUCUCUGGGGCUGGGGACCUCCAUGAUGAGGAGGCUGCUCUCCCUACACAAGCAUCAGCACCCUUAGGAGUCAGCCAGCUGCCAGGGGAUGGUGGCUUCCCCAAACAGCCCUUGAUACCCCACCUAGAACCCAGCUUUUUCAGGGAAGGGGAGCAGGCAGUACUCCAAGAGGACAAGUGGUUCAUGCAGCACCAGCCGUGGGUCGUGCAGACUGGGGCAGCUCCUUGGAUAUGCAGUGGGGCAGGUCCGGUGCAACACAGUGGACUCCUGCUGGGGUCCAGCACGGGGUCCAGCACCCACCAGACAGACCAUGUUGUGCUGCCUGAGUGCCAGUACGGAAAUAAGCUUUUUAGACACGAGAGCAACUUUCUUAGGGAUGCCUAAAAUAUCCCUUCCCCAGCAGCAGGGUGCUUUGCCUUGCCCCAGUGACAGCCACCCUGGA